GCUCAUCGAGGACAAAUAAGAUAACGUCAUUCACUUCCGCGAAAUGCUACAACAACACAGCUAGGCUAAAAACGCGAUUUACUUUCGGUAUCGUUUACAGUGAAACAGGAUGUUUGCAUACACUGUUCCCGUGCAGCAAGGUGUGGCGUGUUUCCAUGACACAGCUUUCGUGCUACAUUAAAUAUUUGCAUCUUUUUAUCUCGUUUAAAUCACCGAGUUUCAAUAUGUCCGCGGUGGUUCGCAGCAGCCAAGGCUGUGUUGUGGAUGCAUGUUCACUCAUUGAUCAGUGGUGUUCGCCUUGCAUACGAUUUAAAGAUUCCCAAAAGUCCCACGUCAAGUGCCUUUUUAAGAGACAGUGUUUUCAAGUUUUUAAAAGUUAUUAUAAUGUGAAUGCCGAGGCUGCUGUUGAUGGAGGACACGUGGAGGUGUUGCAGAAAACAAGCAAACUAUCGAAGAAAAGGAAACGAAAACACAGCACACUCAACCAGGGAGAGGUUGAUGCACUGGCAUUCCAUGAGAAGAUCAGGUCUGUGAUCCUGGAGGGAACCAAGUCCUUGGUGGAUUCUGCCCGAUCCCUAGGACAUCUAAACGGAGAGGGAGACCCAGUGAAAGAGCCUUUACCUUUUCAUGAGUGCGGCCUUGUUCCUCUUUGUGAAAUGGCCAAAGAGCUCCCUCUAGUGGAUGACGAGGAGCAGGGGGAGUGGGUUCAGCCUCUAAUAGCUGAAGAUGGGCGUACAUCACAUGUGGAUUUGUUCUCUCGGGUAACAGAGAACAAGGAGGAGUGUGCGGCAGUGGUUUCACUGAUGGGAGAGGAAUAUGUCAUUCCAGCACAUACAGCCUUCCUGCUGUCUGAUUUCACAAGAAUACAACCUCUAGUCCACUAUGGGAGCAGGUUCGACUUGAUAGUUAUUGAUCCACCGUGGGAAAACAAGUCUGUGAAAAGAAGUCGCAGAUACAGUUCCCUCCCCACAACCCAGCUGAAACGCCUCCCUGUUCCCCUGCUGGCUUCCUCCAACAGUUUAGUGGUCACCUGGGUCACAAACCGGCCCAGCCACCUCCGGUUUGUGCGCGAUGAGCUGUACCCACACUGGGGGGUAGAAGUUGUGGCUGAAUGGUUCUGGGUCAAGGUCACCACAUCUGGACAGUUUGUGUUUCCUCUUGAUUCCCAUCAUAAGAAGCCAUAUGAGGUGCUGGUGCUGGGCCGAUAUCGUUCAUCUGCAGAUAACUCCACAAGCUCUUCAGAGACGUCAGCAGUACCUGUGGAAAAUCAGCGUUUGAUCAUCAGUGUCCCAUCAGCUCUACACUCCCAGAAGCCCUCACUCUCAGAGGUGUUGAAGCCCUACAUCGGAGCCCAGGCCAAAUGCUUGGAGCUGUUUGCCCGAAAUCUUCAGCCUGGAUGGACAAGCUGGGGCAACGAAGUGCUCAAAUUUCAACACACAAGCUAUUUCACCUUGACACCUUCUAAUGAUGGAGAAGAAAUCCAUCAAGAUGACACUCCUAACAUCUGCACGACUACUGCCUGCUGCUGACGUAGAGCUGUGAAGCAGUGAUGGACCUUCAAACCUCGUCAGUAUUUCAGUGCGUUUUUUUAAAAUAAAGAUUCAAUACCAAAAUAUUUCUUCAGCAGGUCUGUUUGAUCUGUUCUCAUGUUUGUAGGACCUUUGAUUUCUUUUUUUGGGUCUGGGUACAUGUUUCAGGUAGUGAUUCACGAGUCUUAUGAUGCACUGGGAGAGAUGAAAGUGCAUUUCUGUGCAGCUAUGUUCUGAAGGUACCGCGCUGCAGUCAGAUAAACAAAACUCAAGGUUUUUUGAAUGAUCUUUGGCAUGAGACGUGUCUUAAAGAGAAUCAAAGUGUUUCUAUUUUUACUCAUUUUACUUGAACUGAAUGUCACAAUGAUGCUUAAUCCAAAUAAAAUAAAUAUUUUCACAUUA